UGUGAUUCAGUGGGCUGCUCCAGAUUUAGACUCAGUACAAAGACAGCCUGCGACGCGGACGCUGCGCCGCGGCCGGCUCCAUCCAUCAGAGGCAGACGGCAGCGUGACGCGAGAUGCCGGCCACGGGAAGCGAACGCAGGUCCUCGGCUGUGGCGGGCGGAAUGGACACCUCUCGCCGGCUCAGCGCCUCUUCCGACUGCUCGCUGCCCGACAGGGACCGACAGUGUUUCCAGGAGCAUGUGGAGACGAUCCCGACUCGACUUCCAAAGCUGACGUCUUCAAAACCAGCGGCUAAUCCACUUCAGUUCAUCAAAGUUGGUCCCUGUGACUUGUAUCGAUCAGCGCAGGAGCAAAUUCGAAAAGUAGAAGAAGUGAAGAAAAUAAAGGAAAAGCGAGAUGAAGCUGAGGAUUGGCAAUCGAACCUUGACAACUGGAAGAACAGCCGCAGAAAACGCCAAGAACAUAUUAUUGAGAGAGUGGUAGAAGUUAAGAAAUUUGAGCUGGAAGAAUACGAUCGAAAUCGAAAACGCAGUAAAACUUUCAAUGAAAUGAUGGAAGAACGAACUAAUCGAGGGCGAAAAGUAAGUCUUGUCGUGUACAAAGAUGAUGAUGAUAAAGACUUGAGCGAUUUGGGCCUUGGAGCAAAUUCUGGCAGCAGAAACAAUGACAGUGAUGAUAGUGAGAUUCAAAGCAUGCCUGGAAAAGAGUAUGCUGCAGAGUCCCAGAGGGCCACCAUCCAAACAAACAAUGCAAAUGAUGGGCAGGAUACUUCAUUAACUUCGCAAGAGUCUCAAGAAUUCACAUAUGAGCAAGCAAUUCAGGGUUAUGUUAAUUUUGCUGAGACAAGAGUUAAGUCAAAGAAUAGUUCCAGAAAUGAACAUCAUUCAGUGAAGGAAGCAAACUGCAGUUUGAGGAGUGAAGAGAGACUUAAUGAUGAUGGAAAGAAAGAAAAAACGCCACCUCCUGUGGCUCCAAAACCUAGAAAGUAUUCAUUAAAGUCAGAAGUUCCUAUGACAGACAAAAAGAGCUUGGGUGCUGAAGGUAACGGUUGCAUUUCUGAUAGUACCAGAAAAUUAUCGUUGCCACAAGUAGAUGUUCUGAAAAGAAGGGAAGUCUUUGAAAAAUCUUCAACUUCAAAAGAUCAUUCCUCAAAGAACAAACCAGCAGAAUUAAUUGAUACUAAAACAGUCAAAGAAAGAUUGUCAUCUCUUGGAAUAAAUUCUUCUGGGCUGAGCAGUAGGAAGAAAAGUUCUGAAACAGAAAUAAAAACAUCUAGACAGCUGCAGUUGCAAAAUCCUAGAAAACAGCCAUCCGAAUCGUACAUAAAUGUUAAUGAUGAUGGCAAACUUGAACAAAAUGGUGACAACAAUUUUGGAGAAAAGUGCUACAGAAGUGAUUCUGAACUUUUAGAAGAGAGUGGAAGUGGUCUGAAUUCGUAUGAUAUGAAUGGUAAUAACUCGGAUAAUUCUCUGAAAGAGAGGUCCCUGAAUUCUGCUACAGAUGCAAGCACAAAUAACAAAUUUGAAAUAAUUGCAGAUACUCACUCGAAAAAUGAAGGUUAUUACAGAUAUGAGGGUGAUAUUUCAGAUAAUAGAAGAACUUUAGAUGAUUCAGAGCAAUGUUGGAUUCAGUCAGAUAACACCAAGCAUAGCAGACGAAAAUUUCAUCGUUCUUUAGACAGUUUGGACAAAAAAUAUUGUGAUGAUGUUGGUUCUGAGCUGCUUGAAAGAGUUCAAAGUUUUGAAGGCUUAGAACAUUGUAAUAGUGUCAAAGAUUAUCCACUGUCAGCAUCAUCAAUAGAAAUGCUUGGCUCUUCUUCAAAUGGUGGUGAUACUGAUCGUGAAGACAGUGGCAUUCACACAGCAGAUGUCUCUUGUUCUAUCAGUCAGACAGAUGAAGCUGCAGAGUAUGGAGAUCCAAGUGCAGAAAUUUCAAAUACUUUCUCUCAUUUAUUGUUAGAUAAGACUGCGGGUAAUUCUGAUGACCAUGAUGUAAAAUGUGUUGCUGAAGAGCAGGCAUUUUCACAUUUUGCCGCAUCUGGUGCACAAGAGCCAAAUGGGACUGCAGAUACAUCAAGAAUAUCAUUGGAAACCUGUACUUCUUGUGAAAGAGAGGAAGUUUUGGUGUCACAUGUGAGUACUGAUGUAAGUUCUCAAUCACUGGGUGGUAUGGAAAAUUCUGACAGCACUGUUUUACAAACAGACGCAGGAAACUAUUCGUUAUUGCAUGACAACUCUAUAUGCACUCAAAUUGUGAAGGGUGAUGGGUAUAACUGUCCUCAAAUGCUACAGUUAGAUGUUGACAGCUGUAAAGAAAUUUCUAAUCCCUCCACUGUCUCUGCCAAAGAUGAGGAGUUUUUGUCAGAUACUGGUAAAGAAGAAAGGGGUAUGCAACUAGCAAAAUCCACUGUAGAGUGUGAGGAAAGUGAGAUGGUAUUGUUUGAUCCACAGACAAACAGUAUGAAAGUUAGCAUCAAUUCAUCAGAAAAUCCUAGUUAUGAAACUGAGGAAUCAACGAAAGCUGUGUUGACACAGGUUGCUCAACCCGUAACUAAUGGAGAAGAUAGUGAUCAGGAAAUACAGAAGCAUGAACAAUUUCCUCCAACCCUACUGAAGUCUGAUAGUUCAGGCAUGCACUUGCCAGUGGAAUUUACAGAAUCAUCUGAUACUUGUUGUACUGAGAAGGGAGAUACAAAUGUGAACAAAACAUUAUCUGAUGAACUUAAUAAUGAACACACACAAAGUUCUUUAGCACAAUUUAACUUAGAACAAAAAACAAUUUGUUUGAAAAGUAUUGAGGAUGAAAGUGUUUCUGAGAACAUGUCUGUGUCAGACAAAAAUAUACUACUUCCAAAUAUAAUUAAUGGUAAACAAUGUCAUGAAAAAGCUGAUGAUGUGGAACAAGAAGAGAUAAUUAAUGUUUUGACAGAAUCCUCUGACAGAAACUCCCUUCUUGAUACUAAUGCUAUAGAUGCUGACAGUAGUAAUACGGUGGUGGCUGUUGCAAGAGUAACGGAAGAACAGAAAAAUGAGCAAGAUGGAAAGGAGCAGGAUGAGGUGCUAGUACAGAAAAUUGAAGCUAAUGAUGUAGAAUUAGAAUAUGGUGAUGGAAAAUGUAGUGCUGCUCUUUCUGCCUGUAUCAGCACCAAAGACUCGUCUAUCGGCACUAAAGAAUCCAAGGAGGAAAUGAGGGAUCCUGCUUGUGGUUAUGCUGAAGGACAGAAAGAUGAUGCCAGUCAUGAAAACCAGAAAUUCUUCACUUCUGGCUUGCAAAGAAAUGAUAAAGUAGCUGAAACUAUGCUCAAUGAUAGAGUAUGUGUAGCAUCUUUUAAUGAACUGAGUAAUGUUGUGUAUGAAGAUCAUCCAACUCAGAAGCAACCAGAUUUGCAAGAAGAACCUGUCAAAAGUUUUCUUACAACAGAAAUAGUUACCAAAGACUUAAAAAAUUUAAGGCUGUCAGAAUCUCCUGAAAAAAAGUCUGAGUCUUUUGCCAGUACCACAGCAAAAAUGAUAGAAUCUCCUAUUACAGAUACAUCUCAAAUAAUACAUCAGAUUCCACCACUAAAUCUUUCAAGUGAAAUUGAAAUUGUGGCUGGUCUCACGUUUCCACUUGGCCCUGUAACAGCAGCAGAACCACCAAAGGAAAAGCCUCCACCCCCGCCGCCGCCUCAGUCUGAUAGUGAUGAUGAACAUGUACAGAGAGGCAGAGGGCUUCAGAGGAUUGACUCCACUAAGAGAAUAAAAAAAGAAAUCAGAAGAAAACGCACCAAUUUUUUGGGUAUUGAGGGGAAUGCUGAUGACAGUUACUUGGAGCCAGAACUAAAAGUUGCACCACCUCCAGAUAUGACAACAUUUUUGAUGGAGGAACAGCGGCUACAGAAACAACUAUACAGACAAUCAAUCUGUUCAGAAUCAGACUCAAACCUUGGUGAGACCACUGACAGUCGCGAUUCUGGGGUUGAGCUGGAGAAAGGAAAUCCUGAUGAUAUAUGGGUUCCGAAGCCAUCAUCAACACCUGAUGUUCUAUCAUUAGAACACAGCCGUCAGAAUAGUGAGAUUUAUGGAACUGCAAGUAUUGCCUCAGAGGAUGAUGAAAUAGCCAAAAAAGAAAGAGAAAUAAUAGAAACUCUGGAAAAAGAAGAGCAAUGGCAACACGGACAUAGUCCGCAUAAUCAUGAAGAGAAUAUUGGAGAAGAACUAACAGAGAAGCUGUGGCAACUAGAACAAGACAAUUUGAGGCUUGAGUGGGAAAAAGAAGCACAGAGGAGAGAAUUGGAAGAGACUGUACAAAGACGUGAGGAAGAAAUGAGACAGAAGGAGAGAGAAUUUCAGCGACAUGAAGCCAUGCUACAUAUGGAACGAACGAGAUUAGAGAGAGAAGCAGAAAUCAUUCCAAGGCAUAAAGAUAAAUUACCACAACCACAACAAUGGGGAAACAAAGGACGCCUGUCAUUACAGGACAUAUCUGCAGUGAGACACAUGCCUCAAAAGAACAUAACUCAGUUUACUCCCAGGAGCAUGCUUCCAGAGCACUGCCAAUCCAUGCCGGAUCUUCAACAAAAGCGACCAGAACAGGAAUGGAAACAACAGAAUCCACCAAAGGUGGUCUCCACCCAUCAUUCUCAACCUGCACAGCAAGACUGGCAGGAAAAAGAGAAUUACAGCAGGAGCAGCUGGACACCAGUCUUCAGUCCUGUCACACAACAGAAAGACUUCCAAAGUUCAGGAACCAACCAUAUCCAGGGACAACAAAUGACACGACAGACUUUGCAAGCACUGAGUGCUGUGCCUCGCCCUCGGCUUAUCCCGACUGACAACUGGAUACAAGCAAAGAGGAAACCAGAAAGUAAACGUGGCACUUUCAACAGUCAACAUUGGCUGAUACAGGAAGCAGAACAAAGGAGGAUCACUGAACAACAACAGAGAAAUGCGAUGGCUUCCCAGAAAAUGCCAUCUCAGUUGUCUCAGCCCCUGCUCUGGAUGCAUCAGCAACCACAGCAGAAAAAACCUUUGCCUGAUUCUGUUAUAAACACUCUGACACAGAGGGUUCAGAACAAAGUAGACAGCAAGAAAUAUCCGAACAGAACACGGGCACAAGACAGCCAAAGCAGAGAGCAGAUUGCUGGUCACCAUAAUAUUCUCAGGCCUAAUGGUAAUCCUGUAACAAUGAACUCUGACCAAACUACUGAGAAAAUGCUUAGUGUCAGUGGAAAGAAAAAAUGUUCUCAUUGUGGAGAGGAACUAGGCAGAGGAGCUGCAAUGAUCAUAGAGAGUUUGAGACUUUUCUAUCACAUUGACUGUUUUAAAUGCUGUGUGUGCCACAUCCAACUUGGUGAUGGACUUAUGGGCACAGAUGUCAGAGUUCGCAAUAACAAACUCCACUGCCAUAAUUGUUAUUCCAGUGAAGAUGGUGUGAAAUUCAGCUGUGUAUGAGAAGCUUCAAACAGUGAUCAGUUUUGGUAUUUCCUCAUGUAAGGGAGGCCUGUAAAUCAGAAAUAAUGUAAAUUCACAAAUUUGUACAGCAUUUUCUUCACCAUGUUUAUAUUGUACACUAUGUAAAUUAUGGUACAUGUUCACAAAUAAGUUAAUGUUAACAAAGCAGCCUCUCUUUCUUCUUGUAAGAAGAGUGUUAAGUCUUUAUUUUUGUGUGUAGUCGUGAUGAUAUUAACACUGUAGAAGCUACAAAACUGGAAUACAGAAAUGUGAUAUUAGCCAUAUGUAACUAUGUAUCCAAGUGACUAUGCCAAAUGAAAGUAUAAUAUUCUGAAACUGUUAUUGUCGUUAGGUUCUCUUGCAGUUCAGUCACCAAAUAUUUGAGAAAUAUUUUUGUAAAUUGAAAUUUCUGAGUUGUAUAUUGUCAAAGUACUUUUUUCCAUUACAUACUGAUGUUACCAAGCCUGAUAUUUUGUUUGGAGUAUGUCUGGAAAACAUUCUUCUAAUUGUAAUAUGCAUUAAACAUGUGAAAAAAUAUUUUGUAUUAUAUGGAGAGUGUACAGAUAUAGUAAAAUUAGCUUUAACUUUUGUCACCUCAGUUGUUUUCAUUGUACUAAAUUGUACAGUACUGUUGUAAAUUUGUAACAUAAAAGAACUAUAUUAAUGGUUUGUUAAA